UCAUUCUACGUUCAUUCCGAAAAUUGCCGUCAAAUCGUGAGCACGUCGCACGCGGAAAAAUUAAAAAAAAAAGCAUUGCACUUUUUGUUGUUGUAAAUUUGGUAAAAAGACGCUCGCGUCGGUUGGCUUAUAAUUAAUCCUGGACCACACUUGUCGAAGGUCGCGAGUGCGUGCACUUUAACUUUAGUCAAGUAUAAGUAAAAUGUUUGAGUGCGAGCAUUAAACGAAUUUAACUAAAGGCAGCUCCUGUGCAGAAAAAAAGCUUACAAUAUUAAACAUAUAAAGAAAAGCAUUUCAAACAUUUUAAAUACAUAAUUCCUUAACAAAAUGGGCAAAUUACUGAGUCUGCUAUCACGCGACGAUUCAAAUUGUUGUGCUGCUAAAUCCUAUGACGUGUUCUUGGAUUUUGAAAAUGCAGCGCCUACGGAAACGGAACGCGAGAUCUACGAUGAGGUGGAUCGUGUGCUCAAGGAAUCCGAGGUGGUGCUGGAUGAGAUACAAAUCUAUAAGGGCGCCAACAAAGAAAUCCGCGAAGCCAUUGCCGAUCCCUCACCCGAGGUGCAGGGCAAAGCCUGGUCAGCCGUAUUGCCUUUGGUCAUCAAACUGAAGCGUUGCUACGAGCAUUCGCUUGAGUUGGAUAAAAUAGUGCCCAAGCUAUUGGGUCAACUGGUUGGCGGCAAACUGAAUCCCACACAGCAUUUGGAGACACAGCAAGCGCUGGUCAAGCAACUGGCUGAGAUACUGGAAUUCGUAUUGAAAUUCGAUGAGUACAAGAUGAAAACACCCGCCAUACAGAACGAUUUUAGUUACUACAGACGCAUUGUGAGUAGACAGCGCUUGGAUAACAUGGAGAACAUGCUGGUUAGCACAGAGCUGGCGAAUCGCAUGUCCUUGUUCUACGCCCACGCCACACCCAUGCUGAAGGUGCUCAGCGAGGCCACCUCCAAAUUUGUAAAUGACAAUGCCGACGAUGUACAGAACACAACCGAAACGCUGGGCACAAUGGCCAAAGUGUGCCUACGCAUGCUGGAGAAUCCUAAGCUGCUGCAGCAGAUUGAGCGCGAGGAAACACAAAUGCUGGUGCUGCGUGUGAUGGUGGGACUGGUCAUACUCUACGAUCAUGUGCAUCCGGUGGGCGCAUUCGCACGUGGCGCACAUGUGGACGUCAAGGGCUGUGUGCGUUUGCUGCAGGCGCAGCCGGCGAUAAGAGCUGAGCCGCUGCUCAAUGCUUUGCGCUAUACGACGAAGCAUCUGAACGAGGAGAAUACGCCGAAGAACAUACGCAUCAUGCUGGCCCCAUAGUAGUGGCCUCCAUUGAGGAGGGCCUAGGAAGCCAAAGCCAAAUGCGGGAAGCAGCCCACAACAAACCGUUUUUGUUUAUGUGUACAAUUUGUAACGUUAACGUUUUUUGUUUUAAAGAUUUACACGGUUCUCUUUUUAUUUAUGUAAUUAAUAGGCUUCUACAAAGUAUAUACGUUUAAUGUUUAUGAUUAUGUUUAAUUUUGGAGUAUGAGAGUGUUGUGCAUAAAGGAGGCAGCCUGCAACUUACUGUUAGUUCUAUUUAUGCAAAGCCAGCAUUUUGUCGUAUUAAAUUGUAUUCUUUAAAUGAUCGUUUAGCGCCUCCUUGUGAAGUAAAUAUAUAUCAAAAACACCAGCAAGAAAAACAAAAAACAAAAGGAAACAAUAUUUAGCUCAUAAUUUAGCACUAUUAUUAAGUAAUGAACAAAUCUAUUACAAAUUCUAUGAUAAACAAUAACAAAUUAGCGCAAAGUAUAAACAUUCUAGAUGAUGAUAUCCUAAAAUUUCAAUUUCAACUAACUAAACAGAGAUUAUUAUAAUAAACAACAAUAUAAAAUACAUGCAUUUUUUAAAAUCAAUUUUAUCAUAUUUUUUUGUACAUGCUAUCUAUGAAAAAUUUAAAACAAAUACCAACUAAAAAUUGCCUGAAACUGAACUAAAUAACUGAACCACUCACGCAGAUGCAUUUAUAUUUCCACAUUUGAUAAACAUUUUAUGUCUGAGAAUGAAAAGAAAACUGCGCAAUAAUAUUACAUUUUAAGAUUUACAAAUAAAAAUUUAUAAAGCGGCAACAAAUUUGUAACAAAAAUCCUUAAAAAAAAAUGAAGUAAACACUGAAACUGAGAAACGAACUAAGUACAGUUUUGAUUGUAUAUGGUAUAAGAGCAACAACAACAAAAAAAAAAAAACACUAGUGAAU